AUGGCCGACAAGAUGCAGGUCGACGGCCCCCCCGCUGCCAUCGAGCAGCUCAAGGAGGCGUCUGGCGGCAACGGCGAGAUCGACGAGUCUCUCUACAGCAGGCAACUGUACGUGCUGGGCCACGAGGCCAUGAAGCGCAUGGGCUCCUCCAAUGUGCUCGUGGCGGGCAUGCGCGGUCUCGGUGUGGAGAUUGCCAAGAACAUUGCCCUCGCUGGCGUCAAGUCGUUGACGCUCUACGACCCCAAGCCCGCCGCCCUCGCCGACCUCUCGUCGCAGUUCUUCCUGCGCCCCGAUGACGUCGGCAAGCCACGCGCGGCCGUCACCGUCCCCCGCGUCUCCGAGCUCAACCCAUACACGCCGGUGCACGAGUUCACCGGCAAGGACCUGACGUCAGACCUGUCGCAGCUGAAGCAGUUCCAGGUCGUCGUCCUGACAGACACGUUGCUCAAGGACCAGGUCAAGAUCGCAGACUACUGCCACGAGAACGGCAUCUACGUCGUCAUCACCGACACAUUCGGCCUGUUUGGUACCAUCUUCACCGACUUCGGCAAAAACUUCACAAUAGGCGACCCCACCGGCGAGAACGUUACCAAUGGCAUCAUCGCCGGCAUCGACUCGGAAGGUCUGGUCUCUGCGUUGGACGAGACACGACACGGCCUCGAGGAUGGUGACUGGGUCACCUUUUCCGAGAUCAAGGGCAUGGACGGCCUGAACGACUGCGCGCCUCGCAAGAUUGACGUCAAGGGACCCUACACAUUCUCCAUUGGUGAUGUUUCUGGGCUGGGCGAGUACAAGGGCGGAGGCCAGUACAUCCAGGUCAAGAUGCCCAAGAUCGUCAACUUCGAGCCACUCAGCCAGCAGCUGAAGAAGCCUGAGCUCAUGAUCUCCGACUUCGCCAAGUUCGACCGCCCACAGCAGCUCCACGUUGGUAUUCAGGCACUGCACCAGUUCGCUGAGAGCCACAACGGCGAGUUCCCACGGCCACACAACGAGGCAGAUGCGGCAGAGGUCUUGAAGAUCGCCCAAGGUCUUGCCGGACAAGGCGAAGAGAAGGUCGAGCUCGACGAGAAGCUACUGAAGGAGCUCAGCUACCAGGCGCGGGGUGAUCUCAGCCCGAUUGCUGCUUUUUUCGGUGGUCUCGCUGCGCAGGAGGUCCUGAAGUCCGUCUCCGGAAAGUUCCACCCCAUCAUGCAGUGGCUGUACUUUGACUCUCUUGAGUCGCUGCCUACCUCGACCUCGCGCUCGGAGGAGCAGUGCGCUCCGAUUGGCUCGCGCUACGACGGCCAGAUUGCUGUGUUGGGUCAGGAAUACCAGAAGAAGCUCGGCAACGUCAAGCAGUUCCUUGUGGGUGCUGGUGCCAUUGGUUGCGAGAUGCUCAAGAACUGGGCUCUGAUGGGUUUGGCUGCCGGGCCUGAGGGCAAGAUCACCGUCACCGACAACGACCAGAUCGAGAAGAGCAACCUGAACCGACAAUUCUUGUUCCGACCCCAGGAUGUUGGAUCGCUGAAGAGCGCGGCCGCAGCAAAGGCUGUCCAGGCCAUGAACCCCGAUCUGAACAACAAGAUCGACGUACUCUCCGAUAAGGUUGGGCCGGACACAGAAGAUAUCUUCAACGAGACAUUCUGGAAUUCUCUCGACGGUGUCACCAACGCGCUUGACAAUGUGGAGGCACGCACGUACGUCGACCGUCGGUGCGUCUUCUUCCGCAAGCCGCUGCUUGACAGCGGUACUCUUGGCACCAAGGGCAACACCCAGGUCGUUCUUCCGUUCAUCACAGAGUCGUACUCAUCGUCGCAAGAUCCACCGGAGAAGUCGUUCCCCAUGUGCACACUGAGGAGUUUCCCGAACAGGAUCGAGCACACAAUUGCGUGGGCUCGGGAGAUGUUCGACUCACUGUUCGUCAAGGGACCGGAAGUCGUCAACCUCUACCUCACACAGCCAGACUAUCUCGGCGCAUCGCUGAAGCAGUCGGGCAACGAGAAGCAGACACUGGAGACUCUGCGCGACUUCUUGGUUACCGAGAAGCCGCUCAGCUUCGACGACUGCAUCAUCUGGGCCCGCCAGCAGUUCGAGAAGAGCUACAACCACAGCAUCGCACAACUGCUGUACAACUUCCCCAAGGACUCGACAACCGGCUCCGGCCAGGCCUUCUGGUCGGGACCCAAGCGCGCACCAGACCCAUUGAAGUUCGAUUCCUCCAACCCAACACACGCGACCUUUGUUGAGGCGGCCGCUAUUCUGCACGCCUUCAACUAUGGCAUCAAGCCGAACGCGAAUAAGGCGCACUACAACGAGGUCCUGAACGACAUGAUCGUCCCUGACUUCAAGCCCGACCCUACCGUCAAGAUCCAGGCGAGCGAGAACGACCCCGACCCGAACGCUAACCAGCCUCCUGUGGAUGAGAACAACGAGCUGGACAGCAUCAUCAGCCAGCUCCCUGCGCCGAAGUCGCUCGCUGGCUUCAAGCUGGAGCCAGUGGAAUUCGAAAAGGACGACGACACCAACCACCACAUCGACUUCAUCACAGCGUGCAGCAACCUGCGUGCUGAGAACUACAAGAUCGAACAGGCGGACCGACACAAGACCAAGUUCAUCGCCGGCAAGAUCAUCCCAGCCAUCGCCACAACCACUGCGCUAGUCACUGGUCUCGUCAACCUCGAGCUCUACAAGGUCAUCGACGGCAAGGACGACAUUGAGCAGUACAAGAACGGCUUCAUCAACCUGGCGCUGCCAUUCUUCGGUUUCAGUGAACCUAUCGCCAGCCCCAAGGGCAAGUACGCUGGGCCGGACGGUGAUGUUACGAUCGACAGGCUGUGGGACCGCUUCGAGGUAGACGACAUCACGCUGAAGGAGUUUGUCGAGCACUUCAAGCAGAAGGGGUUGGAUGUCCAGAUGGUCAGCUCUGGUGUGAGCUUGCUGUACGCGUCGUUCUACCCGCCGGCGAAGCUAAAGGACAGGAUGGGACUGAGUAUGAGCAAGCUUGUCGAGCACGUCAGCAGGAAGCCGGUACCAGAUCACCAGAAGAAUGUGAUUUUCGAGAUUACCGCGGAGGACCAGAACGAAGAGGACGUCGAGAUUCCAUACGUCAUGGUGAAGUUGCAGAAGUAG